AUGCGCAGGUUCCCAAACUUAGAUUUUGAUGACUUUGAGCCCUCAUUUGAUGAGGAUGAAGUGUCUGGUGCGGAAGGAGAAGUUGGAGCUUUAGCUACCCCAGUUUCUGAGCUCACCCCUAAAGGCACUAAAGUCCCUCCUCCUACUUCCACCGAG